AUGCCAGGGGCAUCUCCGCUGGGCUGGCACAAGCACUUAUUAGAGUCGGCACAAGGCAACGCCGGUGCUGCUGCUGCUGCCGUGGAAGUGGGAGCAGAGAGGCAGGUUUGGUGGUUUGUAACUGUCUCACACAACAGUAACUGUCUUCACACCAACAGUAACUGUCUUCACACCAACAGUAACUGUCUUCACACCAACAGUAACUGUCUUCACACCAACAGUAACUGUCUUCACACCAACAGUAACUGUCUUCACACCAACAGUAACUGUCUUCACACCAACAGUAACUGGCUUCACACCAACAGUAACUGUCUUCACACCAACAGUAACUGUCUUCACACCAACAGUAACUGGCUUCACACCAACAGUAACUGGCUUCACACCAACAGUAACUGUCUUCACACCAACAGUAACUGGCUUCACACCAACAGUAACUGUCUUCACACCAACAGUAACUGGCUUCACACCAACAGUAACUGGCUUCACACCAACAGUAACUGUCUUCACACCAACAGUAACUGUCUUCACACCAACAGUAACUGUCUUCACACCAACACUGGGGGCCCCUGGGGCCCGCAGCAGCUGGAGGAAGCGUCUGGGCUGGUGUCCCUCCACAGACUGCUGCUCCCAGCGGAGGCCCCUGGCAUGUCCUGGCUUUGUGGGGACUCGGCCUCUCCAAACACUGUCAGGGUGCAUCGGUCUGUGUGGCUAAUAGACCCCGCACUCCGGGUCAGGGUCAGACAGCUGUUGUGUUUGGCUGACGCUGCACACGCUGUGGACAAGUGGAUGAUUUUGGACGACAGUCAAAUGAGUGGAGUUCUCAAAAGCCCCUCGUGA